UACGUAAUGCCAUAGUCUGCGCGUAAGGCUAACGAAAACCUAUCACUUGUUGUGCUUUUAUUCUUUGCUUCUUUGAUUUUCAUUUAAUUAGGUAUUUCAUUAAACUCUCCCACAUUUUUAGGCAGAAAAUAAAAUGACUUCGAAAAUUGAUCAAAAAGCUUAUUUGCAAAAAUAUCUUAGUGGUACUAGUCGUUCUGCAGUUGAUAAAAAGAAAAAGAAGAAAAAGGUUACCAAAGGCAAAGGGUUCAAAAUAAUAGAUGAUGAUAUUGAUUUAACUAAACUACGACCUUUAGAUUGUGAUGAUUUGGACAUACUGGACCAAGGAGAGGAUGGCCCUCAAAUUGUUGGUAUAAUUGAUGAGAGACCUGAGGAUAUUCAGAAACUCGAACAAUUUAAAACUAGUUCAAAAUGGAGAAUAGUAAAUCAGGAUGAUGGUUUUAACAGCAAAUUACAAAUUGAAGAAAUAAAAAAAGAUGUCAAAGAAGCACAAAAAGAAAAUGAGAUUAUCUUUGGUAAAAUGUACAGUGACUCUGAAGAUGAAAAUAUAAAUGAUUCUGAUUUAUCACCCCCAAGAAUAAAACCAAGUGAUAAAACAAACAAUAAUAAAAGUAAAAAGAAACAACAGAACAUUAGUGAGAGUGAUUUUAGCCCUCCAAGAAGAGUAAGGGAAUCAUCCUCAAGAAACAUAAAUAGAAAUGAAAAGAACAGCGAUUCUGAUAUUUCACCCCCUAGAAAAGAAGUGAGUAAUAACAAUAAAGAGAUUAGAAGUAGGAAGCCAUCAAGAUGGGGUGAAGUAAGAGCACAAUCAAAAUCUCCAUCACCUAAAACAUCUAAACACAGACAACAUCACAGAAGGAAAUCCAUAUCUCCAAACUCAGAUGUUUCCUCUUCUCAAUAUUCGAAAUCAGAAAAACACAAGCAUUCACGGCAAAAAUCAAAGAAGGAAUCACAUGCCAGAAGUAGAUCACCUAAUGUUUCAAAAAGAAGGAAAAAGUCACCGGAACUGGAGUCUGAUGAAUAUCAAAACAAAAAUGUACAGCACAAAUCAAGUCAAAGAAAUCACCACAGAGAUAGGGAAAACACCAGUCGUACAAAAAAUUCUGAUGACUCAGAUUUAUCUCCACCAAGAAAGAAUAAAAGAUUAUCUGCGUCUCCUGCAAGAAAAUCUAAGUCCAACUUUUUUGAUAAGGGUAUUAAAAGAAAUAGAAAUAGUAGUUCCGAUAUUUCACCACCCAGAAAAAGUAGCAGAAAUAACCACGAAGGAGAUAGAAAUUAUAGUAGAAGUAAUAAUAGUCCACCACCAACUAAUAAGAAAAUGGAAAAGACUCUGGAUGGAAAGAAAGCAGGGUUGCAAGAUGCAAGACAAUUAAGAGAUGAAAAUGAAGCAUUCAGGAGAAGGGAAGAUGAUGCAUUUAACAAAAUGGCUGAUGAAGUCUCCGGAAGAAAUGCUACAGCGGUGUCCAGGAAAGCAACUAAAAGAGAUACAUCUGAAGAAAGAAGAAAACAAAAGGAAAAAGCAGAAAGACAAAAAGAAUUGGAUGAAAAGUACAAGAAAUGGAGCAAAGGAUUGAAACAAAUUGAAGUCCAAGAAGCCCGAAUGCAUGAUUACAUGCAUGAGGCGUCCAAGCCUCUUGCGAGACAUAAAGAUGAUCGUGACUUGGAGAAUUCAUUAAAAAAUGUGUUACGGGAUGGAGAUCCCAUGCUACGGUACAUUAUGGAUAAAAAACGAGAGAGAGGCGAGCUGGGACCAGAGAAACCGAUGUACAAAGGCAAAUUCCCUCCCAACCGAUUCAAUAUCCGCCCCGGAUACCGCUGGGAUGGGGUGGACAGGUCAAAUGGUUAUGAGAAAAAAUUCUUUGAACAGCAAAGCAAAAGGAAGGCACAAGAAGAAGAAGCUUAUAAGUGGAGCACAGAAGAUUUGUAAUUUGUUUUGUACAUAUAUGAUACUAAAUAGACAAGGAAAAACAUAUGAAUAAUUGAUCUCUAGUUUUAUUCAGG